AUGGAGUCCUCCGCUAAACUCAGGCUCCUUGCUCUGCUGCCUCUGCUUGCAUCUCUUAUUCUCCUCUAUUUCGAUUUUUUCCCACAGGCAUACAGAAGCAACUGCAGCCUUACAGAAUAUAGACAUUUUUGGAUAGCUAGCAAACGUAUUGUGACACCUAGUGCGGUAAUUUCUGGUGCAGUUGAAGUAAAAGGAGGGAAGAUUGUAUCUGUUGUCGAAGGAGAUGAUUGGCGAGGAAAAACUUGGACUAAUCAAAUUAUGGAUUAUGGGGAGGCUGUUGUUAUGCCAGGAUUGAUUGAUGUGCAUGCACAUCUUGACGAUCCAGGAAGAACAGAAUGGGAAGGAUUCCCAUCGGGAACGAGAGCAGCCGCUGCUGGUGGAAUCACGACACUGAUCGACAUGCCACUGAAUAGUGAUCCAUCCACGACCUCAGAAGAAACACUCAAACUCAAGUCUUUCAUGUGCCCUUCAGGAAUCAACGACUUUCCCAUGACGAACAGCGGCCAUAUAAAGGAAGGGCUUUCUGUGCUGGCAAAAUACAAAAGGCCACUUCUUGUGCAUGCCGAGCUCCCACAAGAAACUGAAGAGGACCAAGAUUCUGGCGACCCUCGAUCUUACUCCACAUAUCUCAAGACUAGGCCUGCCUCCUGGGAAGAAGGAGCAAUAAGUGAGCUUUUAACUGUAACAAAGGAUACCCAAGCAGGAGGUCCAUCUGAGGGAGCUCAUCUUCACAUUGUUCAUCUUGCUGAUGCCAGGUCCUCUUUACAACUCAUCAAGGAAGCUAAAAGUAGGGGUGAUAGCAUUACUGUUGAAACAUGCCCCCACUAUUUGGCCUUUUCAGCCAAAGAUAUACCCGAUGGAGACACCCGAUUCAAGUGUGCUCCACCCAUUCGUGAUGCUGAUAAUCGAGAAAAGCUAUGGGCAGCUCUGCUGUUUGUUCUCCCUGUGACAUGGUCGUACGGACUUAAACAUGGAAUCAGUCUCAAUCAGUUAGUUUCAUGGUGGAGCGAAAAACCAGCAAAGCUUGCAGGACAGCAUCUUAAGGGGGCAAUUGCAACUGGGUAUCAUGCUGAUAUUGUUGUGUGGGAUCCUGAACUGGAAUUCGAACUUGACGAUAAUCACCCUAUAUACAUUAAGCAUCCGAAUAUCUCGGCCUAUAUGGGAUCGAAACUCAGCGGAAAAGUUUUAGCAACCUUUGCAAGAGGCAACCUUGUGUACAAGGAUGGCAAACAUGCUCCUAUUGCUUGUGGUGUCCCAAUCUUAGCUACAUAA